AUGGCGACCACCGUUGAGGUGCAAGUUGCUGCCGACCCAAAGAACACACAUACGGCCAUCCUGAACGGCGCGCCGAAAAGCGAGGCACUCUCAACCUGGUGGCGCGAGGUCAGCCGGCUGCGCCUACAGUCGCGGCGCGCGCCCGCUUCUCGUCCGCGCCCUGCCGAACCUACCGUUGACCCAAGGGACAUCGAUUCGAGCGUUUCCGGCUUGACGUCGGCGUCGGCGUCCGCCACCGUAUCUGUCACAUCGUCCCACGAGUCGAGUCGAGCGGCGCCACCUGUGCAAACCCCCACUCGACUGGCCGCUGCGGUCGAGACCGGCCUUCUCGAUGUCGAAGUGCGCCUCAACAUCCAGGAGAAGCUGCAAACACUGGUGCUCGCUUCGGCACUCGGUCUCAAAGCGGACCGCAUGGCGGACUUCACCGAGCAAGAAGAGGAAGCGCUGCGCCAGUUCCAAACUGCCUAUGAUGAGAACCGUGCGAUUUGGUUCCGAGGCAAGCGCAUGCCGUCCGUCAUCUUCGAGCUCGUUGCGCUGCGGAGCAGUGGCACAGGUUCCUCCUCGGGAGGGUGGCCGCAGACGAGCAUAUGCGUGCGAGGACUGCACUCCGAAGACGACAUCAGGAAGUUCCACGCCGUCAUGUCUCGAAGCGCCAUCAGACGCCUCUACUCCGGGCUGCGGCUCUCGUACGACAAGACUCUAAUACAGAGGCCGGCGAGGGAGGUAAACGAAGAUUACGACCACCUUCCGGGCUCCCCAUGUGAGACGUUGUGCGGCACGCGGCUAGUUACGCGGCGACCAGGACACAGCGUGUGGAGCUCGACGAUAGGGGGGAUCAUUCUAGUCGACGGCGCCCUGUACGCCAUGACGUCCUCGCACAUGCCAGACGACCACCAAGUUGCAUCAACGACCGCCUCUCUCGUCGGGUCCAGCCCCAGCACGCUUAUUGGCGCACAAUACGAUGACGACGUCGAGUCCGCCUUGAUUCUCGAUCCCCCGUGCCUGUCAGAGUCCGCUAGCGGGGGGGAAAUACCACCGGUGCCAGAGCACGCAGGCGCCGCAACAACGAGGUACCUAACUGAUUACCUGGAGGGGAAGCCCUUGCGAAGCAAGGUCUCGAUACUCGCCGGCUUCAGCGGGCUCUGCCGAGGAACACUGCUCUCCAGUCCCGCCUUCCUCUCCGUCCGUGGUGCCGCCCCGGCCGAGGUCUGGACCGUGGUGCUGGACGGCAGCACCACGCUGCAGGAAGGCGACUCGGGCUCCUGGGUCGUCGACGACCAGCGCCGUUGGGUAGGCACCGUGACGGCCCUGUCAGGACGGGAUGCCUACCUGUUUCCAGCCCACGUUCAGCUGCAGCAGAUGCGGUCCAGCUUCGAACGCCCCGUCUCCCUGCCGUCGCCACUGCGGUGUUACCUCGAGCUGGCCGCUGAUGACUCCUUCCCUGACUUUGAGCGUUAUUUUUUCGCAACCCAGGCGCUGACGCCCGAAGUGUUGAUCGCCUCGGCAUCGGACAUGGGCCGUAUGGCUCUGACGCUGGCGAUCGCCAAGAACAAACUCCCUGAGGACAUCCUGAAAUCGCUUCUGGGGCCCAUGGUGGCUGAAGGCCGUACGGGGUCGCGUGCCGAGAUUCAAAUGGUAUUUGAUGGCGGUUUCGUCAGUCCCAAGCCCCUUGGCACGCCGUCGGACGCCGGGCCCAAGUGGAAGCCUGCCAGCGGUCUUCCACUGGCAUGGGACCUGAAUCAAGAAACGCCCUCACACAUGCCAAACCCGACGGCAAUCCAUCCACCCGACGACGAAGACAAACGUAGCAUUAGCCGUGCGAGGGUAUUUGCCCAAAUGUUUGUCGAGUGCAUCGUGGCGAGCGGCGUUCUCCGCUCCUGGUUCUACCUCUUGGCACUCUUCCCCGUGGGGUUUGUGCGGGCCUUGGUUGCCGUGGUCGUCGUGUCUAUCGUGCUAUCGAUCGAUCUAUCUGACAACACCGGGUUGUACAUUGCCGCCCUCGCCGCCGCAGCGCCAUUUUUGGCCGACACCGUCUUGAAUAGUACGCUGCGUGUGACCCAUUUGGUUGGCUGGGACAAAGAGGAGGGGAGCCGGAACCUCUCGCUGGACCAUAUCAUCCCUAUAUACGCAUCGGGCGUGGGCUGGGACGCGCUGGCGGGGUAUACCUUCGCGCGCGUCGCGGAGAAUUAUGGUGUCGGUUUCGUCGACGUCGGAGCGGCAGCUGCGGCAGGCGGGGUCUUCGGCACGCUGCACUACCUCUGGCGACCCCUCGCGCUCGCCACCUUGAUGUUGUUCCAUCUGUGCUUCCCCACUUCAAAGGAGCAGCGUAAGGAGAUGAGGAAGAAAAGGGGAUGGCGGGCCCUGCUCCGGGAUCCGCCCGGGGUGAGCACGUUUGAGAAGGCCAAGGGGAAAGAACGGGAGACGCCAGCUGCCAUUCCUGUCACGGCAUUGACACCGCCUCCCAUGUCCCAACACAGCCCUGCGGCUCCCUUUGAUAGAACUCCCGAAGCGGAAACCGGCUUCCUUGUGGAAAUGAUACAUGGGCUGUACUCCACUGUAGAUUAG